AUGACAUUGCGUGACUACCCAACGGAUCCCAUUAAAACCCUUAUUGACUCUGGUGCCACCUCCAACUUUAUAUCCCCUUCUUUAGUAGAAAAACUCAAAAUACCAAAAACCCAACUCAAAAAUCCACAAGUUGUGAGAAUGUUAGAUGGUACAAUAUCCCAGACUGGUUGCAUAUGGCACCAGGUUCAACUUGCGGUUUUGGCCAAUGGCCACCCACAUACCAUUCCUUUUCUAGUCUGUCCCAUUGGGACCACACCUGCCAUACUUGGCAUGACAUGGCUCACUCAGGAGUCACCCCUUAUAGAUUGGAACCUAGGUACUAUCACCUUCCCUGACCAAGCCCAGAUAGCCUUGGAGGAGGAAGCAGAUCCCAACCCAUUAGCAGAUCUACCCGCAGGAUACCAUGAAUUUGCCAGGGUAUUUGGCAAAGAGGAAUUUAAGGUCCUCCCCCUGCACAGGGGAUAUGAUAUUGCCAUUGACCUAGUUCCUGACGCCAAACUCUCCCUGGGACCAAUCUAUGGCAUGACCAAUGCAGAAUCCAAGACGCUUAAACAACACAUUGACAAGGAAUUAGCAAUGGGCAAGAUCCGCCCCAGCACUUCCUCAGCAGGCGCCCCAGUCAUGUUUGUCAAGAAGGCGGAUGGGUCAUUACGCCUGGUAGUUGAUUAUAGGAAGCUUAACAAGGUCACGCAUAAGAACGUAUACCCACUCCCAAGACAGGAUGACCUCAUGGCAAAGCUAAGGCAUGCAAAGAUAUUCACAAAGCUUGACUUACGCUGGGGUUACAACAAUGUCAGGAUCAAGGAAGGCAAUGAAUGGAAAACGGCUUUUAGGACCAAAUAUGGGUUGUUUGAAUAUUUAGUCAUGCCCUUUGGUCUCACAAACGCCCUGGCCGCCUUUCAACACUUUAUGAAUGACCUUUUCUGGGACCUAAUCAAUGUUACUGUGGUAAUCUACUUGGACAACAUAUUGAUUUUUUCAGAAAACCUGGAAGAACAUCCAGCCCACGUCAGGGAAGUUCUGUCCCGGUUAUUAAAAAAUCAGCUGUUCUGUAAAUUGUCCAAAUGCCACUUCCACGUCACCACGGUCAAUUACCUGGGCAUUGUCAUAUCUCCUGCAGGCUUUUUGAUGGAUCAAAAGAAGAUUGAGGCAGUCACAUCCUGGCCUCAACCCAAGACAGUCAAACAGGUCCAGGCUUUCCUAGGGUUUGUCAAUUACCUCUGUAGAUUCAUCCCCAAUUUUAGCUCUGUUGCAUGGCCUCUCCAUAACCUGACAAGGAAGGAGACCCCUUGGUCAUGGAAUAGCCCAGAAGAAGCUGCAUUCCAAGAACUGAAGAACCUAGUCACCCAAUCCCUGGUCCUGAUACAUUCCAACCCCAAGCUCCCCUAUUACCUGGAAACAGACGCUUCAGGAGUAGCUAUGGGCGCCAUAUUGAGUCAAAGAGGCCCAGAUAACCAGUUGCACCCCAUUGCCUAUAUGUCCAAAUCCUUCUCAGGUGCCAAAGCAAAUUACAACACCCACAACAAGGAGCUACUUGCUAUCAUUAAAGCCUUGGAAGAAUGGCGUAUUUUCCUGGAAGCUACCAAGAAACCAGUCCAGGUGUUCACAGAUCAUUGCAACCUGGAAUAUUGGAUGCAAGCCAGGACCUUCAAUCGGAGACACGCUAGAUGGUGCAUUUUCCUGAGGAAACAAUCAGGGAAACCAGACGCACUGUCAAGACGUUCAGAUUAUGUUGACCACCCCCCAGAACUAGAAGUCAUGCUCCCAGAAGAGGUUUUUGUCAACACAUCAGAAGAGGAACUUGAGAUUGUCACAGAAAUCCAAAAGGGACUAAGGGAGGACCCGUCCCUGGAACCUAUCAUCCAGUUCCUAACAGAAGAUGCAGAUGUUGCGCCUCCCUUGAUUUGGAAAGCCUAUUGGGAUUAUGACUGGGAAGAGGAUCUACUCUGGUACUGUGGGAAACUAGUAGUUCCAGACAGCAAGCCCUUGAAAGAAAGACUCCUGAAGGAGUUCCAUGACUCACCGUUAGCCAGACGCCCAGGACAGCAGAGAACCCUUGAACUCCUAAGUCAAACCUACUGGUGGCCAGGUAUGAAAUCAUCAGCCAAGGAAUGGGUUGAGUGCUGCCCUGCGUGCCAGGCCAAUUGA